AUGUCCGUUAUCGAACAGUCGACCGUCGGUCAUGAAAUCAUCGUGCCGGCAAGUUUGCCAAUAAUUUUGAAACAAUUUUGCAAGGCGGCCAUACGAACGCAACCGUACGAUUUGCUGAAGUGGUCGAGCUCGUACUUUCGAGCGUUGGCGGACGGCGAGGAACCACCGACUAAAUUGAGACUCGAAUAUCCACCGCCGAGCACCGUUUCCGGAUUGACCCUCGGUUUUCUUAGGAUUUUACUCCGACAGUUCGGAGAUUACAACAAAUCGUUGCCUGUCGAAACGAUCCUACGACGAUGGGACUGCUUGUGCCUGGAUCGACGGGAAUUGAAUCUAAUCAUGAUGAUCGGGAAGUUUCGACGAAGGUGUCAAGUGAAGAAGUUUCUGGCGAUAGCCGUAGGCCUUUUAGGAUCCAGUCUUUUCGAGACGAUGGUCCUGAUUUGUGAAUUAUUCACCCUUGAACCGGAAGGCGGAUCGGCCAUGGUCCCUGUUACGUUGUUCAUGGAAAUCUAUGGAUACCUAGCAGGACUUCGAUGCGACGGCAGCGUAAGAGAUUCGUCGGACGAUGAUCCGACGGAAUUUAUCAUGUGUAGCGAGGCGAACGGCUUUGGAUCAUUAGCCAGUCAAGAUCCCAACGAAGGAAAGUUCUUCGUGGAUCGUGUUUAUUCGGUCGCAAGCCAAGACACGGAGGCGGACGUGAAUUUGGAUCUGGAGUUGGUGUCGAAGGAGGACGUUGAUUCUUCUAGAACUGAUACAACACCGAACUUGAGCGAGAGUUACAAGAAGAUGACCGACGACAAAACAGAACAAGAAUCGUCGAGCGAGGGAACGCUGAAAGUCGAAUGUGACAAUGAGACUUCCGGUGGGGACGCGGAAUCGAGUAAAAAAUCUCCGUUGAACGAAGAAAGAAAGUCGAACAAAAGUGAAAUCGCAUCCGAAAAGGGCACGACUGGUAGUAGUACCGCAGGAGGAAAUGCAAGUAAAAAUCGACGGGUGUUCAGUGCAGAUGAGAAGAGAAGAAAGAAGAAAAUUCUAGAUUCGAGGUUGCUCAAAUACUAUCCGAACGUUCCUGGUAUUGGACCUCGUCUUUCAGCCGAGGAGGUAGCAAGCGUAGCAAUAUGGAUGAGCGAGUGUGCAAGAGUACAGGAAGGUAUGGUUGGCCCGCGAAAUCUUCGACACAUGAAUUGUCCAUCUUUAGAUAGGCAACAACAAAGUUCGAGCUCAUGA